AUCGGAGUACUCGCUUAGAAACCAUAUUCCUGGAAACAUCUAGGACAAUCCUAGUUGACCUGACUUGUUCGUAUCUGUGUUUUAUAAGUGAUUUAUAAGACUUUAUUAAUACUCAACUAUCGCCAUCUAGCGAAACAUUAACAUGUUCAGCUUAGUCUCGCUACUCGUCGUUGCGGCGUUAGUGUCGCUGCAUUCUGUUCAUACAUAUGCACAGAUAGAAAGGAAACUAGAGAUGGACAACAAUUUGUUACCAAAUGAUAUUCCACCUCCCAGACGUCGCGUCGUGCAGAAAUACGUAAAGAUAACGUCUCACCCCCCCGAGACAGUGAGACACAUGCCCGGCUCUACUCUAGUGUUAGAAUGUGAGGUGAUGGGCAAUCCUGCUCCAAUGUCGAGCUGGAUGAAGAAUGGCAUACCUAUAUCUGAUUUCGAGGAAGACGUAAAUGAAAUAUUUUCGCCACCAACAUUCAGCAUUGCGCGCAUGACAACCAAACUCGUGGUGCGUUCGCCGUCCAAUGGUGACGUUUUCACUUGUGUCGCUACCGCUGGCCUGAGGGAAACUAGCGCUUCUACUACUGUUAUUGUUGAAGGCGAACAAUCCGAUCUUCUUUCUCCAUUGAUUCCAACCAAACCUGUUAUCACUGCGUUUUACAACGAUAUCUUUCAAUUAAUGGGAACUAGCGCGACACUGCCCUGUCGGGUUUACAGCCCUACCAAGGCCCAAGUGUACUGGAUUGACAAUAACAAUAAACUUAUUUAUGGAAAUAGCAGAGUUAGGGUGCUGCCAUCCGGCGAUUUACAUAUAAAGGCGAUAUCGUGGGCCGAUAUGGGCGGCUACACAUGUUCCGCAAAGAACGCAUAUGGAAAGGAUGUGGCUGAGACCUUCCUCUAUCCUGUUAAGCCUUAAACAGAACAAUUGAAUGUCUACGAGCGACCAAAUUAGCUACCCGCCGAUGAUUGUGCGAUGUUCCUACAUUAUAUAUUUAUUAUGACUAACUUAUUUUUUUAGAAUAAGGAAUAUGUGUUAUUACGUCCUCAUGAAGAGAAAUACUUUGUCAAUGGCAUUCUGUGUACUUAAUACUUAAAGCGAUUAU